UAUAAACCAUCUCUCUCUCUCUCUCUCUCUCUGCAGCUCUCUCUCUAUCUCACACACACACACACGCAGAAAUUUGCAUUGAUAAGAAAACACACAAAGAAACACAGACAGUAUGGGCAACUGCCUAAGGCGCCAAUCAUCAAAGGUAGAGGCAAAUGAUGAUGACUAUGGCUCUGUCUCGGUGUCUUCAAAGAUAUGUAUGGUAGAAAAGCAAAGUACCCCUGACAUGGGUGAAGGUGGUGUUUUCUCAUCCUCAUCAUCUCCAACUUCUAACAGAGAGAUUAAGAUCAAGACGACCAAGAAACAGCUACAAGAAUUCCUCAAAACAGUAAACGUACAUGGCAUGCCUGCAGACCAAGUCUUGUCUCUCUUGAUCAACACUACUGGUGAUUGUUUCGAGAUUCACCAUCAACGCCCAUGGAGGCCUUGCCUUCAAAGUAUUCCCGAGAUGAACUAAAAAUAGAUGGUCAUGAUCAGUUCAUGGUUAUCAAUCAGAGACUUAGCUUCUCGUGUGUGAUCUCCUCCACUAUAGCUUUUUUCUUCUAUUCUUCUUGAUAUAUCAAUUACCGUAAAUUCAAAUGGAACUCAUUGUUUAUAAAUGAAUCUUGAUUAUUAUGUGGUAUCUGAUCUAUUAAAGAGAGAAAUGUAUUAGGGCGGAUCUAAAUCUUUACCUACUAUGCAUUUUUUUGUUGUUGUCCUGUAGCUAGGAAGACUGGGUUAUAGAAAUUGAAUUUGUUGUUGUACAUAGAAAAUAGGUUGAUUUGAAUAUUAUGUAUGUACCGUUCAGUUGAUUAAUGUACAGAUUCUAGAUAUUUAGAAAAGUACAAAUUUUACCCAGCAAAUAGA